CAUCAAAUGGUAUCGUUUGCGAAUGUGGCAUCGAGACUGCGGGCUGCUGUGCGUCAGACAGACGGAUUAGCGAUUGGGGGACCCGAUGGAACAGAUGUGACAUCAAAUCAAUUUGCAAGAAGUAUUUUGGAGCGUCGAGAAGGACGAGCAAGAGUGGAUAGCGCACCACCUGCUUAUCAGGACGCCUUCCUUACGCGAUUGGAUUCGGGUUCUUCCACAGGAGGUGGCAUGUCAUCGAGAUUCCGCUUUCUUUCCGAACUUGGUCUAGCAGUGCUUCCAACGGGCGGUACAAAUGCAGCGGCACUCUCAGUUGACUAUUCGGCUCCACCUACUCGACGCACAUCAACGGUAAAGAAAAGCUACUACUACAAAAUGAAGAUGUUCCCGAAGACAAAUAAAAGUUUCAAAUUGAAGCUGGAUCGGCUAUCAGUAUCUGCUUUGUUCGAUAGAAACCACUCUGCAUGGUCUUGCGCAUUUGAUGUUCUUUUGGCUUGCACAGUGUCAUUUCUUGCUGGUCUAGUUCUAGCUACUGGGAUCUACUUUGACAUCUGGUUGUUCCUACUCGCGUUUACAGUUGCUGGCGCCCAUGUAUGCGUCCAGCCGGAUGCAUCUUCACCUAUUCAUGGUUUCAACUGGCUCGUUGCCUACAGUCGUCCCGUAUACUUUUGCAUCUUGGCUGCCAUAGUUUUAGUGCUGCAUCAUUUUUGCGAUGACCCAAAUUACGACAAAAUACCAUGGAAUUGGAACCCAUACAGGCUGUACGAGACUUCGGGAGAGAUGGUGCUUCUAGCAGUUCGUGACCUUUUUGCUACAUUUCUAGUAAUGCUACCAUUUGCUUUCACAAUGGGUUGGCUACCGCAGGUCAACACACUAAUGCACCAUGUGCUAGAACAGCUUGAAAUGCAUAUAUUCGGAGGAACUGCUUCUCUGGGUGUCCUAAGCGCUCUCCUGCAGAUACUAAAAAGCCUUGCUGCCUGGGCCAUCCUUGGAGCACUGUGUCAUUUGGCUUAUUCCAUCGAUCCUACUACAACCCAGACUCCUGCAUUUUCUGCUUUUCUCUCUGCAGCUGUCGCGAUCUCAUAUCUGCUGAGCAGGUUUUCGUCCAAUCCACAAUUGUCCAUAAUCUUGCUUCGAGCAGUAUGUCCGUCUGUAGGAACUCCUAGUAACUCUGAUAGUACGAGUCGGCUGUGUUGCGCUGCGUCUUCAGAACAAGAAGAGGAUGAGAGAGUGAAAGAUGCAGAUGAACUAGAUGUUUCGGAUCCAUUACCAGGACGUCUAAAGAAUGCUGUGGUACUGCGAGCAAGACAUGACAUGCUAUUUUCGGCUUUCUUGUCGCUGCUCGUUUUUGCUCUGCACUCUACUUCCUUGUUCACAGCUACGCAGCCUUACUUUGCGGUAAGUUUGGGGUCUUUUUAG